AUGGUUGGUUCAAAGUACUACGACCUCAUACAAUACAGCAUAUCUCCCGUGCCAUCCCCCUUGUUGAACCCGGUUGCGUGCAUCCUCGAUGGGAAAAUAUAUGUAAUGGGAGGUUGCAAUGCUGAUGAAUCCACCAACUGGGCUGAGGUGUUCGACCCAAAUACGCAAACUUGGGAGUCUUUACCUGACCCUGGCCCUAGGCUCCGCUCUUCUUUAAUCAAGAUAAUUUACCCGAAUGAGGGAAAAGUAUACGUUAGUAACAGCGAGAAGAAACGUUAUUUUUAUGAUCCAAAGGAAAUGAGAUGGGGCGUUGCAGCAAUGACACGCAAGGUUGAGAGAAUGUGUAUUAUAGCGGGUGUUUUGUACGCCUAUGGUGAUGAAAACUGUUUCUUGUGGUUUGACACAAAGAAUGAAGAGUGGAGAGUGGUCAAAGGAUUGGAGGUACUGUGUAGAAAUUGUUGUGCUAGUGCUCUUUCCGUAGCUAACUACGGUGGGAAAAUGUUAGUAUUGUGGGACAAGAAACAGCCUAAUAAGUGGUAUAAUACGAACAUUUGGUGCUCGGUGGUUGCACUUGAAAGACGUAAUGGUGAUGACGAUGUUUGGGGAAUUGUUGAGUGGGCUAGUGUUGUGCUUACAGUUCCCAGUGCAUACGUUUUCUUGCGUUGUCGAGUGGAGACAGAGUGAAAGAAUGCUUUUGUAUACACCAGGCCAGUAGCCCUUUUUUGUUUUUUUUUUCUAACUGCUUUUAGUUUUAAUUCUUUAAUAAAUCCGUUGUUUUAAAUAAACUACUAUGCUUAAUUAAAUUCUUGGCAAACAUCAACCGGUAAGAUUUUUUAUCAUGGUUUUGCUUAAAGUAACCACCACUCUUUAAGUACGCAACCAAAACUUGUUUUGCCUUUUGUUACUAAUCUUGAAUGUCUAGUUAUUUCACUGUUGAUCAAAGCCUAAACUCAAUCUGAAACUGUAGAAGACAUGUUUACAAGAGUGGCUAGUGGAACUUUUUUAACAAAAACAAGUUUCAGAGAGGGAAUACUUUAUCGUGCUUGAAUUAUAACACAAAACCAAAAUACAGAACCCGCAUCCAGUAUCUAUUCAAAGCAAAAACCAUUGGAACUUGAUGAAUCUUGCAGCUUAGAAAUCGCAUGACGGUAUUCACUUUUUGAAAUUUAUUCAUGCUCUUCAACUCAAAUAUAGGAGUUUGUAUGAAACAUUCAGCAAGGCAUCUCUCGUUCAUGCUCUUCAAUUCUCACAUACAACAAGCUUGAAAACACAUCAAAAUUAUACAAAUAUUUUAUUAUU